AUGUCGCCGUCGACCGCCGCCUGCUGCAAAGACGACGACAGUUCCGGCGACGCCGACACGGACAAUCGCGGCCGUCGUCCCCGCAGCGGCCGCCGCCGCCGGUACCGAUGCCCGGUACGGAUGCACCAGUCGUUGCCGUUGCUGCUGUUGUACGUGGCCGGGUGUCUGUGCAACCACGACGCCAAGCGGCUGUACGACGAUCUGCUCAGCAAUUACAACCGGCUCAUCCGGCCCGUCAGCAACAACACCGACACCGUGCUGGUCAAGCUGGGGCUCAGGCUGUCGCAACUCAUAGAGUUGGUACGUGAUGAUUUACGCGGGGGCCCGCAGAAAUUCGUCUAGGGACGGGGGAGACAAAUCGUAACCUUUUCCCUUUCCUCUCCCACCGUUUUCAAUUUUUAACGUAUUCCGAAAAGCCGGGGCGGGCGAAUGUCUCCCGUUUCCGUCCCCCCCCAACUUCGCGAGAUACGGUACCGCGUGUUUUUUUAUGUUAUACGAUUCCGGUCGCCACUGCGGAAAUCUAUACGUUCACUACUGCGCCGAGUCAAUAUUCACGCAAGUAUAGCGAGCGGCCGUUUUUGGAGUUUUAGCCGUAACGACGACGCGUGACGCGACCGUAUCGAAGGGCGAGUUAGAGGGGUGGGUCGGAUUACGGCACUUUGCGCGGUACAAAAAAUACGGGCGCGGGAUUUUUUUUCUCGUUCGGAGACCAUGUGGUCGGGUAAUCGAUAAUAAGCGGUCGAAACGUUACGUCGAUCGAACGAUCUAUUUUUGGUCGAAAUCUCGAAAUGUCACAAGAAUCCCGUCCCUGUGCUUAACCGUAUAGGUAUUAUGUUAUAAUGUAUUUUAUCUCGAGGAGGUCACACGAUUUUCGACCGGAUCACCUCCAGCCAGUGGUGUAUUUACACGAGGGGGGGGGAUAUAUCUUCUCUCUUGACAUUUUAUUUUAUUUUUUUUUUUAAUAUCUAUUAAUUAUAUAUUCGACUACUUAUUUUUAAAUUCAAAUUUGUUUACUUUUCAGUUAGAAAAGUAACGUCGAAUCGCUAGUUGAAAAUACUCAAUAUCCUCGCAUAGAGCCAGUGUUAAAGGGGGAGGGCAAUUGGGACAUUUUCCCCGGGGAGCUCGACCCUUUUCAAACUUCGGUUCAAUAUAUAAAAUUGACAAAUAUAUCUAUAUUAUCAUGUCAGUUGCUAUUUGUUUUAUUUCCAAACGUUUUGCUAAUGGUAUUUAAUGGAUAUUGUUCGGAAACUAAAUGAGUGUCAAGUAGUAUGUGUACAUAGAACAAGUAUUCAGGAGUCAGGAAUAAUCUUUUUUGGCGGAGAUAAAAUACUGACAUUUUAAUAUGAAUUUAGUAAAAUUGUAAAAAAGAAAAAAAAACAUAUUAGGGGGUAUAACCCCCCUAAAGUAAAUCAUUAUGGAUAUAUUUUUUCACAUUUUUCAGUCAAAAAUCAGUUGAGAUACGGCAAUUGAAAUUUUAUUCGAUAUUUAAUAUUAUAUUUGACAUGUCGAUUUCAAAUACGUAUUAUUUUUCGCAAUAAUUACUGAAACUGUAAUAGGAACAGUAAAACGUAAAUAACGUGAGUUUUAUUAUUCUCUACCAUUUAUCGUAAGAAUAACUAAGAAAAAUAAAGUUCGAAUUGCAAGGUUCUAUGCAAAGAGUUAUUGAGUAUUGAGUGUUUUCAAUUAGCGUUUCCACAAUGUACAUUAUCAUACAGGGUGUUUUUGGGACAUUGUCCCACGAAGAUAUACCUAUUGCAAUAUCUACUGAGAUAAUAAAUUUAAUCAAAUUAUGGUUUUUUUUUUUUUUUUUAUUUUGUUACUCGCAGGGACAAGGACUAUAAAUAUUCAUAUUUUUAUUAAAUUUUUAUGUUUUAGUAAAAAAAUAUAAAACAAUUUUUUAUUGUAUUAUUUUCGAAAAAUUUGAAGAUAGCCAUUUUGUAUAUUUUUGAACAUUUUGACGUUGUAACUUUUUAUUUCCAUUCAAUUCGUGGUUUUUAAUAAUUUUUAAAGUUCAAUGAAAAAUACCUAUAAUUAUACAGCAGACAGUAAUCACAAUCGAUUUAUGGUUGAUUAUUAACCGUACGCUUUUUUUUCUCUGAACUUUAAAAAAUUAUUAAAACUCAUGAAUUUAAUAAAAAAUAAGAAGUUGAUGCGUCAAAAUUUUGAGAUGAACAAACUCUAUAAACUCUAUAAAAUAGCUGUCUUCAAACUAUUCAAAAAUAAUAAGAUAUAAAGUUCAAAGUUGUUUACCCAAACACAAAAAAAAUCAAUUGAAAUAAAAAUAUUUGUAGUCCUCAUUCUUGUGAGUAAUAUAUAAAAUAAAAAUAGAAAUAGAAUUUGAUUAUCUUUAUUAUCUCCGGAGAUAUAACAAUGGGUAAAUCUUCGUGAGGCACCCUGUAGUUCAUGUUGUUGACGACAUAGUAAAAAAAAAAGAAAAGAAAAAAAGAACGCGUACUAUUUCUUGUUUAACCUACUUAAUAACCGAUCCGCUGUAAUCUAAUAUGAAGGAGGUUAGAUUACAAUAAUCAUUUCCUCGUGGUUAUUUGAUUUCAAUGAUAGAUAAUUUCAGGGCAGAUUGAAUUAUAAAUUACCUACGACGAACACGAAAAGCAUAAAUUAUUGAAAAUUGAUCGUUUUGUAUUUUUAGUCUUGGCAAACGGACGCGUUAUACAAUCAUAUGACGUACAAUUUCCGAAUUCAAUAUUGUCCCACCCCUACCUCUCCUUAUUGGCAAACUCCUGAAUACGCCAUUGCCACCCGCCUAUUUAGUUCAAUGACAAGCACUCUGUAUACGAUGAUUACGCAAGUAUACCGUGUACUCUGGACACGCGAUUUCAAAAACGCAUCAAUUAUCACUUGGACGCCGCAGUAUACUUGUGAGAAGCCGUAUGCUUCGUAUUCCGUAUGGGUAAGCGGUCGUCGACACGUCCGGUUCGGUAAAAAAUUGCAUAUUACGGUUUUCAAAAUGAUUCAUGUGUACAAUUUGUGAAACUUUUAUUGUGCGCUUUUUUUUCUCGCAACGUGAAAACUCAAGGCCGGAACAUUUUUUCGAGAAUUUUUAGUAGUACUUAGGUGGAAAACUGUAGACGUGGGUAAAAAACUAAAAACACUGAAACCCGUGGUAAAAAGAACAGAUAGGUAUUUUCGCACAAAAAAACGCGAUUAACCGAUUUUCCGUUGGUUUCAGAACCUCAAGGACCAGAUAUUAACGACAAACGUAUGGCUGGAACACGUAAGUAAACAUACCGUAUCUGCAACAACGAUUCGUUUCGAUAAUAUAGUGUAUAAUUGUCGGGAUAGACGGUAAAUAGUCGAAUAAAACAUAUUAUUACAUUAUAGGAAUGGGAAGAUCACAAAUUCCAAUGGGAGCCGCAGGAAUACGGCGGGGUCCAGGAGUUGUACGUGCCAUCGGAACACAUUUGGUUACCGGACAUCGUGCUCUACAACAAGUUGGUUACCCGACAUACGAAUUCGCGAGACCCGUUCGAUUAAAACCGUAAUAUUGUUGUCCUCCAACAGUGCCGACGGAGAAUACGUGGUCACCACGAUGACGAAAGCGGUGCUCCAUCAUUCCGGCAAAGUCAUGUGGACACCGCCGGCCAUUUUCAAAUCGUCGUGCGAAAUCGAUGUUCGUUAUUUUCCGUUCGAUCAACAAACUUGUUUCAUGAAAUUCGGUUCGUGGUCAUACGACGGUAAUCAGGUAAACAAUAUUAUACUUACGCGUCGUUAUAAUAGUAUUAUAUCCAUCACCGGUCAUCGGGUGGUAGUCAGUGGCGUAUACGUACAUGAUUUCUGUUCUGAAAGGAGCGAGGGAUCAAAGAGACGGUACCAAGGAGAAACUGGUGGGGUGGUUACCAUUCUAAAGACAAAGUCUCACUAUUCUAUCGCGCCUUUCAGAUAUAUUGACAGUUCUUAUUAUUUGUGAAUAAUUUCUAAACGGUUCUCUGGACAUUCUUGAACUCCAUGCCGCUAUACAUUUUACAGUUACCUCUCAUUCUUCAAGAAACAAUCGACACACAAGACCUCUUAAUGGCACAACCAUACUCUGCAUAGUAUGCUCAGAGAUGCAAAUAAUAAUAAUCAAUUCUUGGGCCAAUUUACCACUUUAUCUAAUCACCUGUUAACUAAUCAUAAUGUAUAUUUUUGAACUAUGAUUGCUAUUUUAAAUUAACUUGUUUAAUAACUAUUUAUGUAUGUAUGGCUAGCCUAUAUUGUAACUAGUACAAACGCACACUAAAUAAUCAUACUCUUUGUCUGUAUACAAUUGCCGUUUGGCGUGAAUAAAUAAAUAGAUAAUAAUAAUUCGUAAAAAAAAUUUUUAAUUUUGGCGAGGGGGGGAAUAUAACUUUUAACUCCUCUCCCGGGUUGUGCCACUUUAAGAAUGUGUUUUCAUAUCGAAAGAGUCAGAACGUUUUUUUUUUUUUUUACAAUUUAUAAAAUAAAAAAUAUCUGACACAUAAAAAUAUUUAUGAAAAAAAAAAAAAUCCAUAACAUUGUACGUCAUUUUUUAACUCACAAUAGUAAUUAGUUAUAUUGACAACAAAGUGUUGAUAAAUAAAAUUUAGGUGUAUUUAGAUUAUAGUUCAAACACGAACGAACGUACUUGUGUAAAUGUUCGGAUCCGUUUGCUCCUAGAGCGGAUAAGGAGUCAAACUGUCGAAGGAACAAAGAGAUCGUUCGUUCAGGUUGAACGACUUUCGGCCAAAUUUUCUCCCAGCAAUUUUGCUCCGAUUUUCAACUAUAGCGGUUUUUAUGAAAGAAAAUCUGACUGAAGUAAUACUUUUGGGAGGUCGUUUUUUGAUUUUCCCAGCUGUUUUCAUAAUAAAUGGGAAAAACCGGGAAAAAACAUAGGAAAAACGGGAAAAUAGGUACACCAUUAAACAAAUAUUAUUAAAGAAAAUAUAUAAUGCAUAAUAUGCAAUUAUUUUACCAUAAUAUGAUGCAUUAUAUAAUGUUGACAAAGCAACACUAUUAAUCGAACUCCGCUCAGAAUCGUUUUUCGUUAGCAAUGGUUAAUCGUCGCGUACUGAAUUUUCUCUCUAACUUCCCAAUUUCUCACCUCUAACAGUGACCCAUCCAUUGUGCGAAGUACGUGCGUUUGUUAUUUUAGUAUGACUAUUUCAUGAUUUAGAGGUAUACAAUAAACUGAUCGGAAAUAUCGAUUUCAUGGUAGACUCGAUUAAAAAUUCAAACCUGAUUCCAGAAUUCUUAUCGUUUCACUAGAUCAAUCGGUAUAUGUCGGAGUUAAAACACAUUCAAAUUACUGUGUUGCUCGCGUGCUAGACAGAGACGGAAAAUAACCGCUUCCGAUCCCCUUAAUGCAAACGCAAGCGAGUCAAACACAAUAUAAUUCGACUGUUUGUUUCGAAUGAAUUCGAAUGAAAUAUUAUAAAAGAAUAUAUUGUAUGUUUUCGAAAAAUUAACUGCUGCUCGGCAGUUUUUCGGUAAUACGAUGAUGAUAUUUGAUGAAUAGCGUAAGCGUUCGUAAUCGAACAUCGAAACAGCAUUAUUACGACAUACGUCGAACGUUUAUAAAUUAUGUUUUUUUCUUCUUCUAUAGAUUGCAUAAAUAAUAUAUUAUAAUGUUAAUCAUGUCGAGAAUUUAUCGGUAUAUUUCGUUCGUCGUCUAUAUUACAAUAAAAUUAUAAUAAUUUUCAAAUAAAAAUACACGUUUGAACGUUUUAUAAAAAAUAUUUCAUAAUCAUAAAUUCAUAAAUGUGUUACAAAACCGUAGACGGCAGCAACAGUGCAGGUGGGAAAUGCAUUUCUGGUUGGACAAAAUUGUUUUAUUUUUAAUAUGCGUUCAUAAUGUGUAGUUUAGAUAAAAUGUACACGGAAUUAUACAAUUUUAAAAUACAAAGGUAUAGAAAAUAUUUACUAUAAGAAGGGGCCGAAUUUAUAUGUUCCUAAAAUCCAUAAAAAAAAGCGCUUGAAAACGUCAAAAGAGCCAUAAAAAAGCACUUAAAAGUAUUUAAAAAAUACUCAAACAACUUAACAUAAUACUAAACAAUAAUUACUAUAGUUAUUAUAAUAGACAUAAUUAUUUUAGAUCCUAAGCGAAGCGAGUUGAAUUUACAAUGUUUCUUUUUUUUUUCAUUUUUAUAUCUGUGAACAAUUUCUCUAUGAAAAAUAUUACUCUGAUUUUAAAAUGUAGUACCUUUUCUGAAAGGAAACUUUAUCUGGGUGGUAUUAAUGGGAAGUUAUAACUAAGCACAACUUAUAAUGAAACUCCUGUGAUAUUUUCAAGCAUUUCUGUUCAGCAGUAACGUGACGUGGAGUCGUCAGAGGUGUAUGCAAACACCAAAAAUGAUACUUACCUGUACCUGUACCAUUUUUGUUUACUAUCCCCAGAAAACUACUCUCAAUUUAUACUACCGUUUUUUACCUUGUAACAAUUAUGUAAUUCCAUACUUUGUGAUUUUACCCCUAAAAAUGCAUCAACAAUUGUUGGUUGUUAUUUUGUGAUGAAGUUGUGGUUUCUGAAAUUGAUAUACCAAUACCAUUACUAAAUUUGUUAGGCUCGACGUUUUUAGUGAUCACUGCAAUUAGCACAAACACAACCAAAAUAUUGGCAGUUAAAUAUUUAUUAUCAUAUAUUCUUCUUGUCCAAGUCAUUCCAAUAUAUUAACUCAUAAACAACUUGAAUACAUUUACAACGUGUUAGGUAAGUUAUUACUUACUUGACGUUUUUAAAAAAUACUAAAUAGCUCCUUACAUUUUUAUUAGUUUGUUUUGACUUUCGCACAACGCACGAAGUUAUGUGCAGAAGCCAGUUACAAUUGCCCAUAUUCUUUUCUUGUUUACCAUUUUACAGAAUAUUUCCGCACGGAUUAAGAUAUACAUAUGCACAAUGCACAAUGCAACCGACGGCCGAAACGCAGGAAACAAACGAUAACGAUGUUCAUUUUAGAUUAACAAAUUACAAAUAACAAUAAUAUGUGUAGUAUAUGUAAAUCGACGAAAUGUAAUACCAAUGAAUGAUAAUAUAUUUUAGUUUAAUUUUAACAUUAUUUGAUCUUGAUCGUUGAAUUUUAAUUUGUUCAUUAAAAUUUAUACCCAUAACGUUUUAAAACUGAAAGUGUAAGCAACGCUUACGCUGCUUAUGUGCACGUCACGCAACCGCCGUCCAGUCAAAUAAUAAUUCCCACAUGAUACCUAUUAAAUAAAAACUUGGUACUAAAAAAUUUCGCAAAAAUAAAACGUUUAAAAAUUGCCAAAAUGUUUUAAAAAUGUCACCACGUCUAGAAGAAUCAAAUAUAAGUUUUUUUUCAAAUUUUAAGGCACCGGGGCUCCACGUUUCCCCGUAAUAGCUAUACCACGCCACUGCUCCGAAUCUAACGUACGGUGGAUACGAACAACGGAACGUAUUCACAAUCAUACUACGGACAGACAUUAUCGUCCGAUCGGUGUUUUUAAUUAUGCUAUUCCGCCGUGUGAUUUAGAUAAACCUCAAACACAUCGGCCAACAGAAAACCGACAAGGUGGACGUGGGCAUCGAUUUGUCGGCGUACUAUCCAAGCGUGGAAUGGGACAUACUGGGCGUGCCGGCCGAGAGGCACGAGAAAUAUUAUCCCUGCUGCAAGGAACCGUACGUCGACAUAUUCUUCAACAUAACGCUGAGACGCCGCACGCUGUUCUACACCGUCAACCUGAUCGUGCCGUGCGUGGGCAUAUCGUACCUGUCGGUGCUGGUGUUCUAUCUGCCGGCCGACUCCAAGGAGAAGAUCUCGUUGUGCAUCACCAUCCUACUGUCGCAGACCAUGUUCUUCUUGCUCAUAUCUGAAAUCAUACCGUCCACGUCGCUGUCGUUACCUCUGUUGGGCAAGUACCUGUUGUUCACCAUGUUGCUGGUGGCGCUGUGCGUGGUCGUCACCAUUAUCAUCAUAAACAUACACUACCGGUGAGUGAUGGUUGCUGGAAUAUUAUUGGUAAAACAUUACCGGAUAACAAUAACAAAAAAAAAAAAAAAAAACCCACCAAAUAAUAACAACAUGACUGUCUCAUUCGACCCCCGCAGACAGCCGAGCACGCACAAGAUACCGUCGUGGAUGCGGACAGUGUUCAUCAGAGCACUGCCGAAAAUGUUACUGAUGAGAGUGCCGGAACAGCUGUUGGCGGAUUCGGCGCUGAAACAGAAGCAGAUGAAGACGUGUAAAAAACUAAAUUUGAAUUUGGCCAGGUGAGUGUUAAUAAUACGCUUUUGACGGGAGCGUCAUGCGUGAUAAAAAAAAAAAAAAAAAAUAGAAAAAGAAAAACGCGCCGUUGUAGGGGAAAUAAAACGGACACGGUUUAUAAAACCGUUGUGAGGCCAGCAAUGACGUUUGAGGUCCGGAUAUCACGGCCGUCGAGUAAAAGAGAGACGAAAUUUAAACGUACUCGAUUGCCCUCCCCUCCUCCCGUAAUAAUAAAAUAUAUUGUUAAUAUUUUCUGUCCGUUUUUGUAGGCUGAACGUCGUGAGCGUUGGCGCCACGAUGAACGUCCCGCCGGCGCCCAUAGAGUCACCGCCGCCCGGCCACCGGUCUCCCACAGAUUCGCUGCGCCGAUUCGUGGCGGCCACCGGCCGUACCGGGUGCAACGGGACGACGGCCGCGGCCGCGGCCAGCCGCCUGGUGAACGCGGCCGUGGCCUCCAUCGACGACACGCUCAACGACGUGCCGGCCGUCAUCCGGAAGAAGUAUCCGUUCGAGCUGGAGAAGGCCAUUCACAACGUCAAGUUCAUACAGCAUCAUUUGCAGCGCCAGGACGAAUACAACACGGUAAAUGUCUACUGGUUUUAAAAAAAAACCCUCCACGACCGAUCUGUGUACCGAGCUGAGACAAAAACAGAUAAAGAGAUGAAAAAAAAAAAAAAAAUAAAUAAAAAAAUACAAAUUACAACAGGCGCACUCCUCGUUUCGUCGUGUUUUAAAUAUAUUGUACUGUGUUACACGCGAAGUCCGGAAUUGUACAUUUCGCAAUGUGUACAGUGAUUUUUGUGCAAACCGCCAACUGUCCAAUAUUGUACAAAGUAACUAGAUUGUACAAGUUACAUUAUACAGUUCGCGAUGUGUACAACAACCAUUGUAUACAUUGCGAAAUAAAAUAAAAUACGUGAAACAACUAUAAUAAUAGUAAUUUUUUAAAUAUAUUUUCCUAAUAAAUAUUACAUAUCACUAGGGCACAGAUUUAAAUUCACGUAAAAUCCGUAAAAAAGCGCUUAAAUCGUCAGAAAAGUAUUUAAAAAUAUUUAAAAUGCAAAAGUAGUAGAUGGGUUUUAAAGCCCCACUCUGAGAGUUCUUACCUCAUUUUUCUAACAUUGUUAAAUGAUUAACACAAAACAUUUUAUGUGUUAACACAUACAAAUUUAUUUGAAAAAAAUUACUUUGAAAUAAACAUCUUUUUUUAGUGUUAAAAAAUUAUUUUUAUUAAGUUAGAAACCAUAGAAGGGGAAACUUUUAAACUCUUCUACCUUUAUUGCUCGUUUAAAUAUUCUUCGAGUGAUUUUUUAGAGCUUUUUUGACGGUUUUAAAUUUUUUUUUGUGAAUUGUUAGUGCAUUUAAAUCCGUGACCUACAUAUCAGUAUAACGCAUACAAAUAGAUGUACUCAUAGGUCCACAUACAAUAUACAUGUCAGUAUACUCAGGUGUGGACCGGACUAUCGGGAUGUCCGGAAUCUUUCUUUAAUGUAAUUCAUUUAAUCAAUUAAAUGACAAAGUGCAAUAUUUAUGUUGUACAUAUUUUUCAGUUUAUUUUAAAUUAAACUAUCUACUAUAAGUUUUUUUUAUAAUUUAUUUUAAAUAAUUAUAUUGUUAUGAUAAAUACUACUGUAGGAAAUAGGAAUACGGUAUGUUACGUAACCUUUUACAUAAUAUACCAGUUAAUAAGCAAACAGGAAAAUAAAUACUAUUGAAAAAAUACUGCGUUCCUUCCCUUGGAUUUCGAAGAUAGGACGCCGUUGGUAACAAUCAUUUUUUUUUUUUUCCCCAUUAAUAACUAUUCAAAACGAUAAACUGGUUACUUUUGAAUAAUAUGAUUAUACAUUAACUAUGCGCAGUUAAAAACAUAUAUCAAGCCAUUAUAUUACUUUAAACUAUUAAAAUUUGUAAUAGUUUAAUUUAAUUUUAUGAUUUUUAAUACAAAUGCGGAGUGCGAUAUCAUUGAACGCGUGUAGUCGUGGUACACUCGCGUGGUCGGAUUGAAAACGCUAAAAUAUCGAGAGAAAUAGUAAUAGCGAUUGUAUAAUAGUGUUAUACCGUUGUCGACCACUUUCGAUUUGAUAGUUUGUCGUGAUCAUAUAGGCCUAAUACGCUAGCCACUAGGUAAAGGUAAAUAGCUAACGUACGAGUAAAUUUCGCAAUAAUAUUAUAAAUUGACGCAAUGGCUUACUCAAGAUUUUUAAAUGGGGGUGGGAGCGAGAUAAAUAUAUAGUGAAAUAAUGAAAGUUAUUAAUAAUAUUAUAUCAAUGCAAGAGAAAAAUGUUAAAUGUUAUGAAAAAAAAACAAAACUUUUUCUUGAGGUUUUUUUGGAAUGUACCAGCGCCUAUCUAAAUAUUACAAGGUACCUACUUACAGUGCUGUCCUAUUUAGUAAUCCUAAUUUAUAUUGUAAGACUAGCUUAUUUCAUAAAAUAAUAAUUUAUGGGUAUUUCGGUUGAUUUUAGAGAGACUAACCCACUUUAACUCGUCCAGCCCCUCUCAAUUUCCGCCUGUGCCGUGGCACUAUGGUUGGAAAGAUGAACACAGUUUAAGUACCUAAUAACAUAUAAACUAUAUAGUUGGAGAGAUGCGGUGACCUUUCAAACGAGCACAUACGAAACAUAAUAUUAUUAUCGUGUUCGAUCUGGUAAACAAACUGUUAUAAAAUAACAGUUUAAUAAAUAAAUAAAAUUUAUUUGGGUCCGAUUUAACUAUUCGUGAUUAGCCGAUAUUAAACAUGACCGCGAUCAACAUUGGUUUAACCUCCGGUCGAAUUUCACCACAUUCAGUUUUAAGUUUAAACACUGACCAGGCAAUUUCGGUGAGUUAACACCGUUAAUCACGAUUUGAACACUGUUAUAAAUAUAAAUCAAUCAAUAUUUAACAUCUAGAUUUCGUUCAUUUUUAUUAUUCAGCAUAUUUCUUUCUGUAUUAAUUUCCAUUCAUUUAUUUAAAGUAAAAAAUUAAAAUGCCUUGUACUAUAGCGCGGAUUUUUGAAAUGGCAUUUGAAGAAGACAUUCGUCAUUCUAAGGACACUCUUUAAUUUUUGACCCGUUUCCCGUGGUCUAAUCAAUUUUUAAUUUUGUGUGCACUCAUAUUUACGAUGCCAAUACAAUAAUCAAUAAUUCGAUUUUCAUUUUAUUUUCAAAGAGGGCCGUAAAGGUUAUGGAGAAUUUCAACAAGUAUUUAUACGUGCAUAAUAAAUCGUAACAACUUGCUCAGAUUAUGAAUAAAUACUUAAAAAUAAAUAACAAUAAUAAAACAUUUUUUUACAACAUGCUAAAAAGUAAAAAAUAAUUUUUCGAAAAUACAAAUUUUGACAAUCAUAAUGAUGGACCAAAAGAAAAGCAUGACGCAUGCACUCAUGAACAAUCCCUUCAUAAUUUCGUAAAUUUCGACAUAAUAUUACCUAUAUUAAAGCGUUAACGCUUUAAAGCCUUCACGCUGUUGUUUCAAGGAUAUUCUCCCUUGAGGCUUCACUAGUAAAUAAUAUGCUGCCGGGGAAUAAUGUUCCCGGGAAGAAAAUUUGUUCGUACUACCUAAUUGUUAUUAUCUAAAAACACGGUGCCUAAUACUAAAUCGGAAUUUUAUUAUUGUAGGAAGACCAAGAUUGGGGCUUCAUGGCCAUGGUGCUGGACCGGUUGUUCCUGUGGAUAUUCACGGUGGCCUCGAUUAUGGGCACGAUAUCGAUACUGUGCGAGGCCCCGGCUCUGUACGACGACACGAAGCCAAUCGACCGGGACCUGUCGUUCAUCGCCAGAAAACAAUUUUCCCCGUCGUCGGAUUACGAUUAACCGGCGCGUGUUUAAACGGUCGUCGCAUUUUUGUUUUGUUCUCGUCACCGGGUGAAAAUAUUAAUAACGUGUCAUUAUGAUAAUUACAAUCAAGACAGUGUUAUGAUUAUAUUAUUUAUAACGCGAGCCACGAAAAAGGAAUGUGUACAACGUUAAAGUAAUAUUAUUCUAACGUUAUAUACGAUAUAUACGUUUAAAUAUUAAUCCGGUACCGAACUUCGCUGAUAUUAAUUUUAAUUGUCUUGCACUAUAAAUUAUUAUGUAGGUAAGUUUACCGCAGAAAAAAAAAAUCAUCAUAAAAAAACGGCGUUUAAUAUACACAAUUUUCUAUAUUAUAUUAUACUUUAUUACCUAUAAUAAUAUUGUUUAAUAAUCUAUAAGUAAUGAGCAGCACUUGAAAUCUUUUUGUUUUUUUUUUUUUCAAACUUACCUGUAAUUUAUUUUUUUAUUUUUCUUUCGAUUAAAAUUCGUUUUGUUAUCUAUUUUUAGUAAUUUUAUAAUAUUUACUAAUAUUAUUAUAGCGAUAAACGUAUAAUAUUUAAUUUAAUCUUGUAAUAAUUGGUUAGGUUUACAAAAAAAAAAAGAAAAAUAUGUCUUCAUGUUUAUUGUGUACAUAAAAUUUUACAAAUUAUUGUAAUUACCUAUAAUAUCUUUAUGUAUGCGUUUUGCACUUAUAUGAAAACGAAAAAAAUAAUGUAAUAAAAUAUGAGCAAUCAAUCGAAGAGAAAUCAUAUUAUUGUGGAUUAGUAGUUUUUGUACAACAUAUAAUUAAAAGUCCGGAUUAAGAGGAGAGGGAAACGUUUUCCCCGGCCUUAUAAUUUAAUAAUUUAUAUUAUAUAAAACGUUUUUUUAGCACACAAAUUCAAAUAAAAUGUAUAUAAUUAUAUAAAAAGAGCCCGUUUACAAGUUUUUCGAGUUCGGCCUCGGGGUUCACCUUAUGCCCGGGAUCCUUAAUCCGGCCUUUUAUCAAUUGUGUAGGUAUAAUAAUAUUUAGAUGUAUUCUAUACGAUACAAUAAUAAUUGUGAGAUGAAAUAUUCACGCGACCGGGAGAUCGAAUAAAAUAUUUACUAACUAGGUAAUCGAUUUUCAUAGUUUUGUCAUGUUAUUUUUUUUUUUUUUAAACAAUUACGCGAAUAGUGAUCAAGAUUGACAAUUAUCACUGUAAGCGUGUAAACGGACUUAAGGGGAUUCGAAACAGAACGGGGAUUCCAUUAACCCUCCGGUCUAACACCUAACACCAUACGCAGCAUCAUAGUAUAAUUUAGACCAAUUGUUCGUCCAAUCGAUGAGUAAUGAAGUGAUACGAUUUCUGAAAAUAAAUUUGAAUUCAACGUUAAGUGUACACGAAAUCGGCAAGAUCACUUUUUCCAUUUUAGUAUAUUUUCAUGUAUAUUAAAAUCAAAUUUUUUGAGAUUAUGGACUGAAAUUCCAAAAGAAGCCUGUUCGUUAUCUCGUUUACACUUCUCGCUGAAUUCAAAUCUGUUUUCAGAACUAGUGUCGUUUUACUGCAUCGAUCGAUGGAAAAAAUAUUGAUCUAAAUUGCUAUGCUGCGGUAUAUUAUGUUGAAAAAAUAAAGAUAAGAGAUUUCGAACCCUCUUAAUGGAAUUGUCGAAAUUUAUAUUGUUUUUACUAAUAUUUCCAUCGCCAGCUGAAUAAAUAUUUACAAAUGCUAUUUUCUACACAUUUUCUACACGUAUACUUAAUAUUAUUGUAGUUGUAGUAAAUUAGCUAGCUUAUGUAACUAAAACAAAAAAAAAAAAAGAAAUCAAUUAAAAAUUGUACAAAUUGUUAGGUAAUUUAAUAUUUAACGGCCCAUUUAUAAUGAGAAACAUUUUUAAAUGCUGUUUUCGAUUUAAUAAAAUAAUGCUUUUAAGACGCGAUUUGCAGUACCAGAUAAUUCUAGAGUUUCUGAACACACCGACUCACGGAUUAUAAGUAUAGUUAUUAAUUUUAUAACGCAGAAAUAAAUCAUCAUUGUAAUCUCUAUAAUGUUUGAAAUACGUGCACCGGUAUAAGAAAAUGUUUUUUUUUUUUUUUUAAAAAUUCUAAUGGGUG